GUGAGCUCAGUCAGCAGAGUUGUAAAAUAGUGAAAGCAGUUGGUUAAAAUGGCAGGACAGAAGCCCCUUUUGGAACUGGAAAACUUUAUUGCUGGUAAAUUUAUUCCCUGCAAUUUACACAUAGAUUCCUAUGACCCAUCUACAGGAGAGGUGUAUUGCAAAGUUCCAGACAGUGGCAAAGAAGAGAUAGAAGCAGCAGUCACGGCUGCUAGAGGGGCCUUUCCCCAUUGGUCAUCCACAAGCCCCCAGGACCGCUCUCAGAUCUUGAAUAAGUUGGCAGAUCUGCUGGAACAAUCCCUGGAGGACUUUGCACAAGCUGAAUCAAAAGACCAAGGGAAAACAAUCACAUUUGCUAGAACUGUGGACAUUCCACGGGCUGUGUACAACUUUCGAUUUUUUGCCUCCUCAAUCCUUCACCACACCACGGAUGCUACUCAGAUGGAUUCCAUGGGCUGCAUGCACUAUACUGUGAGAAGUCCUGUUGGAAUUGCUGGCUUGAUUAGCCCUUGGAAUUUGCCACUUUAUUUGCUGACCUGGAAGAUUGCUCCAGCUAUUGCUGCUGGAAAUACAGUGAUUGCAAAGCCCAGUGAGAUGACAUCAGUGACUGCAUGGAUGCUGUGCAAACUCUUAGAUAAAGCAGGGGUUCCACCAGGUGUAGUGAAUAUUGUGUUUGGAACUGGGUCCAAAGUAGGAGAGGCUCUGGUGUCACAUCCUGAAGUUCCACUGAUCUCAUUUACUGGGAGCACACUGACAGCUGAGCGGAUCAUGCUAAAGAGUGCCCCCCACUGCAAGAAACUCUCUCUGGAGCUUGGGGGCAAGAAUCCUGCCAUCAUUUUUGAUGAUGCCAAUCUGAGCGAGUGUAUCCCUACGACUGUCAGAUCCAGUUUUGCUAAUCAGGGUGAAAUCUGCCUCUGUACUAGCAGAAUCUUUGUCCAAAGGAGAAUUUAUGAGGAAUUUUUAGCAAGAUUUGUUGAAGCCAUAAGAAAAUGGAAAGUUGGUCCCCCUUCCGACCCUACAACCAGCAUGGGAGCUCUGAUAAGCAAUGCACAUUUGGAGAAAGUUAGGAAUUAUAUAAAGAAGGCCUGUGCUGAAGGAGCAAGAAUUCUGUGUGGAGAGGGUGUGGAUAAUUUGAACCUCCCAUCUAAAAACAGAGGGGGCUAUUUCAUGCUUCCCACUGUGAUCACAGAUAUUAAGGAUGAAUCCUGUUGCAUGAAGGAAGAGAUAUUUGGUCCUGUUACUUGUGUUGUUGUCUUUGAUACUGAAGAGGAAGUGAUUGAAAGAGCUAAUGAUGUGAAGUAUGGCCUAGCAGCAGCUGUGUGGUCUAACAAUGUUGGAAGAGUCUGGCGAGUAUCUAAGAAGCUGCAGUCAGGAUUGGUCUGGACUAACUGUUGGCUCAUCAGGGACCUGAACCUUCCUUUUGGUGGAAUGAAAGCUUCAGGAGUUGGCAGAGAGGGAGCAAAGGACUCAUACGACUUCUUUACUGAAGUAAAAACAAUUACUGUUAAAUAUUGA